AUGCGGUGGUGUUCGUCUCUCUUGCUGUUCGGCUUCUUGGCCGCUGUCAAUGCAUUGAGCAGUUCGGGGAGUCGAUUGCUUGUGGUUUUGGAGGAUGCCACAGAGAAGGGGCUAUAUUCAACGCUAUGGGGGGAUCUGGAAGGUCGCGGGUAUAACCUCAUCUUCGAAUCGCCUAAGAAUGAACAGCUUUCAUUGUUCGAGCUUGGAGAGAGAGCUUACGACCACGUCCUCCUUCUUCCUCCCAAAUCGAAAGGUUUUGGACCCUCCUUAAGCCCUAAGAACCUCGUCGACUUCCUCAAUAGCGAAGGCAACAUCCUCCUUGCACUUUCCGGAAAGUCCACUACGCCCAGCGCCGUUAGCUCUCUUCUCUUGGAGUUUGACCUCCACCUAUCUACCGAUCGUUCUUCCAUCACCGUCGAUCACUUCAACUAUGAUACCCUCUCUGCUUCAGAAAAGCACGAUGUCCUUCUUCUCGAGCGCCCCGGCAAGCUCAGAUAUGACACCAAGGAGUUCUUCUCCGGCGAGGGUGUUGUUGCCGUUCCAAGCGCCAGUCCUCACACCCUUGGUGACAACUCGCUUCUCGCACCUAUUCUGCGCGCGCCCGCCACGGCUUACAGCUACAACCCAAAGGAGGACACCGGCUCGGUUGAAGACGUCUUUGCGACUGGCUCGCAGCUGGCCCUAGUGUCAGCCAUGCAGGCCAGAAAUUCUGCCCGCUUUACUGUGCUUGGUUCCGUGGAGACUCUGCAGGACAAAUGGUUCUCUGCUACCGUUAAAGCACCCGGUGGUGAAGAGGUCCAAACUGUCAACCGGGAAUUCGCCAAGCAAUUGACCGCGUGGACAUUUAAGGAGACCGGUGUUCUCAAGGUCGGAAAGAUUGAGCAUCACCUGGCGAAGGAUGACCUCACAGCCGAAGAUCUGAAUCCUAGCAUCUACCGAAUCAAGAACGAGACCGUCUUCUCCAUCGAAAUUUCCGAAUAUAACUACGAUGGCUAUGUACCCUUCGAGGUUCCCGUCAACGACAACAUCCAGCUCGAAUUCACCAUGCUAUCCCCAUUCCACCGUCUUAACCUACAACAGUCUGCAACAACACCAAAUAGCACCAUCUUCAGCACCCGGUUCACUGUUCCUGACCAGCAUGGCAUCUUCUCCUUCCGCGUCAACUAUAAACGGCCCUUCCUUACCAACAUCGAGGAGAAGCACGAGGUCACGGUCCGCCACUUUGCGCACAACGAGUAUCCGCGCAGCUGGAAGAUCACCGGCGGCUGGGUCUGGAUCGCUGGCCUUUGGUCUGUUAUCGUGGGAUUCCUGGCCUUUGUAGUUGUUUGGCUUUAUUCGGAGCCCGCGACGGCGGAGAAGGCAAAGACUAAGAAAACGCAGUAA